AUGGAUCUGAUGAAUGCGAUUAAUGCAUCUAUAGAAAAUGACGAUUUGGGAAAUGGAUUGUGGAUAAAGAAACAAUAUGAUUAUAUCGAUAAUGGAGAUCUGCAAGAAUGUAUUCGACGAACGAGUUAUCAGAAUAUUGCCUCAAGUGGUGUUCCGAUGGAGUGGCAACAAAGUAGGUCAUUAUCAAAUUUUCUCCGUCGAGAUUACAUAAACAAUGGAGGAGAAAACCCUUAUGAAAAUGCAUUUGCAGUUGAAAUAGAUACAAUGAAGCUAGUUAGUUUUUUCAAGGACGUUAUUAAGGAGAACCAAAAGCCUUUUUUCGAUAACGUUGCUUCCAAAGAACUCAAGUUAUUGAAGGUCAACAUUUCCCUCGAAGAAGGGAUGAUUCACUUGAGGGCCAGAAAAUGCUUAUGUGUAGUUUUUAAUGUUUUGACUCAGAUAAGGAUUGAAGGUCCCGAAAGUGUGAUCCGGGAUGACCCAAAGUAUUCAGAUAUUUACUAA